UUACCGUCUUCCUGGAUCCAGAGUGACCAAAAAAAACUUCUCUCCAUUCUCCCAUCUCCAAGAUGACGAGCCUACUCAGAAACGCUGCGAAGUCGAGCCGUUCGAUCCAAGCAUGUUUGGGAAAUCAACGGCUCUCCUCGCUCCUCCGCGACACUUCCAGAAGGUUCACAACAGAAGCCGGGGCUCCGCCACCACGGCAGCCGCAACGAGGAAACUUUCCUCCCAGACCAAUUCCCGAUUUCGAACCAAAUGGUAAAGUGUAUGGGAGGAUAAAUUCAAUUGGAAGGUUUACAACUAAGAGUGACAUUAUAGCUAUGAUGGGAGACUCUAAUCUGACUUCGGAAGAUAUCAAGUUUGAUUACAACAUAACCUUCAAUGGAAAUGCAGCGGUAAUGCAAUUCCCUUCUCAAGCGGAUUAUUCAGCUGCAGUCAGAGCAGUAACUCCAAAGACAACACGGCAAGGUGGACUGUAUAAGGUUGAUCGUAUACAAUGGGAGAAUCUAAAAUCAUAUGAUGGAAAAUCAAUUUUACUGCAAGGGAUCCCUCGCAAUGCACAAAUGGAUGAUGUGGAACGCUUUCUUUCUGGAUGCCAGUAUGAUAUAUCUUCCGUCUCAAUGUUUUCCCGCACAAUGCAACCAAGAUAUAUAGAAAAUCAGGAGGCAAUUAGGAUGGCUGUUGUGAACUUCCCAUCACGAGCUUCAGCUUCACAUGCUUUUAUCACCAAGAACAGAGGUUUCUGUCUCAAUAGCCAAAUUGCCAUUCGAGUUCUGCAUUAACAGCUCUUUUAUAAGCUCCUUUACAUCAUUUAUACUGUUUCGAGGGAAAAUACCCAUUUCAUCUUGGUGUAGUACUGUAGUUUGAUCCCUUUUAGAAUGUUGAUGAAAUAACCUUUGUGAGAUGGGGUUAGGGACUUAGUGGUCUGAUUUUUUUGUUAUAAUUCACUCUCUUUCUACUGCAAAGAGACACUAUUUGGUUUAGGGUGCUUUAACCAUGAAGUCCAGAAAAUGGUUCUAUUUGCUAGUUAUUAAAACCCAUCUACUCUUAAAAUA